AGGGUCCAUAUGGAAUAUUUGCUGGCAGAGAUGCCUCCAGGGGACUAGCAACUUUCUGUCUAGAUAAAGAUGCACUCAGAGAUGAAUAUGAUGACCUAUCGGACUUAAAUGCUGUACAGAUGGAAAGUGUAAGAGAGUGGGAAAUGCAAUUUAAAGAAAAAUAUGACUACGUAGGUAGACUCCUAAAACCAGGGGAAGAACCAUCAGAAUACACAGAUGAGGAAGAUACCAAGGAUCACACUAAACAGGAAUGA